UAAUGGUAAAAAGCUUCCACAUGCACUUCUAGAAGGUUUCAGAUCUCGAGAGACCAAGAACAAAUCCUGUGCUUUCAUGGACUUUGGUGAAAAAAUAAAUCAACUAUCUGUUAAGUGCUUCAUAGUUCACAUCAGAUUUGAUCAAUCAAGAACUCUCUUGACUGAGAAUUUGCUGGCAGUUGAGUAUUUACUCAAGAUACCUUUACCUUCCAACUUAGAAAAACUUUAUGGUCCUUAUCUUGUGAAGAAAUUUGAGCUUAGCCGGACCUACCUUGCCAUCAAACUUGCUGAAACUAUCAACCACAUCCCAGAAAAGGCAUCAAUUCAAUGUUCAACUGAUUCAACCAGUUCACAUGAAGAUGAAAAAUUUAUAGAUCUGGAUACUGAUGUGAAUAUUAUGACUAAAUUAGAUCGUGCACUGGAAACCACAAGAACAUGCCAACCGCGUAAAAAGGAACUGGACAUUUAUUCCUUAAGGUACACCCUAAAUCUGCCCCAGUUGAAGGAUAUCAUUUUGUCAGAUGUACAAAAGAAGCUAAACAUUUUGGUGGACAAACUGAAAAAGGAACAUGACCUUAUAUUUGCCAAUCUUGCACCUACUGGACUAGAGAUGGUCAUUGAUGCUAAAUGUCAGGCUGCAGCAAUUGCCUUCCAAAGGUUGCAACUAGCAUUUAGUGCUGCCAUUGCAUUAUCUGCAGUUCAGCUCCUAAAAAGAUCCAAAAUUUUCAUAAAUGUCAAACAGAGCAAUGUAAAGCGUCCACCAGUGCUCAGAAGUACACAAGUUAAGCACAUCCCAACUGAAGACCAGACUAAUAAAAAUCUCUAUCAAGAUCCUCACAACAUGGAAGCCCGUGGACGCUUGAAUCUGAAUCUUUGGUUGAAAUGUCGGUUGGUUGUGGUGACUGCCCUGAUUGCUCAAGUAUAUGGCAUUAGACUAAGUAAAGGAGAAGACGACUUUUUGGAUACUGCUCGGCUCUGUGAAGAAGGGAUGGAGGAAGCAAAGGCCUAUGGUGAUGUAGAGACACAAACCGAGUUCAUGUUGAAUGCUGUCCUGCUUGAUUUACGACUAGGUCGCCUUAAGGAUCGCAUCAAAGUACUUUUAGAGGAGAUAAUAAAUCUACUGAAGGGAAGACAGUUUCUUUCAUCUAGGGCCCAAAUGAUUCUUGCUCAAGCUUUUCUUCAGCUCAGCGAUUUAAGAAAGUCGGAAACUUUGUGUGACUCAAAAGAAGCUGCAAUGCAGCAAAAAAUUAAUCUGUGUUUGUCAGCCCAGAAACUGAUUUUUGACCAGCUUGUUUCACUGGGAGAAAGUGUACAACAUCUAGAUGAUGGAAACAUUUACUCCCUUCCAAUAUUCCCGCUGAAAAAUAUCUAUCUUCCACAAAUUAUCUUGAUGGCAAAAAUUAAACUAAGACUAGGCAAUGCUUCAGCACAAUUGAUAACAUGUUCAGCUAAAAGAUGGGACAUAUCACAUUGGCAAGAAAUACUUUCCAGUUUCACUUCAGCUCUUGAACUUUGCAAAGAAGCAGCUUUGAAGCAAAUUGAUUUAGAAGCAGACUUAUUGUUUCAGAAAGGAAAGGUACUGCGCCAAAUAACGGAAAUAAAUUAUGGGAAGACCCUUGAAGUUGUUAAUUUAUUGAUGGAAGCUAUCAAUGUCACUUACUUACAUGACCAAAAUCUCUGGUUGAUCAGACAAUCAUAUUUGGAACUUGCUUUGUUACUUUUCUACCUUGAUGAGGUGAUUGAGAAGGAUUUAGAGCUUGGAGGAGAAAGCAAAGCAAUGGUAAAAUCAGGAAUCAUUGUCGUUGGGAAGCAGCCUAGAAAAAAGAUUACUGGCCAGGGAAGACUGCUAGAAAUAUUGCACCAUGUUUUGAGGCAGCCUUCAAAAUAUAAAAUGCUGGCAUGGAUUACCAUUAGAGCGGCAAAUGAGGUUGUCAGAGUUCUACGCAACUCCCAAAUACUAACUAGAGACAAGGAAAUCGGUGAAGAAAGUAUAAAACAUUUAGUUCAAAAGGAAUUGCCUGAAUAUGUAGUUCUGGAUUUUUUGGCAUCUUAUCAGGAUUUUGAAACUGAAAAUGAUGAACUUCUGCCAAUCUUAACUACCAUACAAGGAGAAAAAGUGGAAGAGGAGGAAGAAGGAACCAAACCAGUUGCACCAAAUGAACUUCCAAAUUUUGUGUCAUUUUACAGGAAGAUUGCACAAUCAUUGAACUCUGUCCAGUUUCUCAAUUACAAUAACCACCUCCGUAGGCUCUAUAACAUCAAUCUACUGCCAAUUCGAAGUCGAGUUGAAAAUAUGAAUGGUGAAGGGCCAGAAUACCCUGAUCCCAAGAUUGCUUUUACUCAACCUUCUGAGGCGCAAAUGCAUGGAGUUGAUAUAGAUUUCCUGAAGUGUGCUGUAAAUGAUGUUGAAAAUGGAGCUCAUACACCUGUGUUCCACACGGACCUUUGUCUACGCUUGGCACUAAUGCAUUCAUUUUUAAAGAGCCACCUACCUACAUAUAAAAAUACUUGCUGUGCUGAGAGUAUUCCUGUAAUCCUGUAUGAAAUUUUUGAAGAUAGUUUCAAAUUCUUGCAAUUCCAGCCUGAGGUUUAUACGAGUGUCUUUGGAGAGUAUACGCUUACAACACCAACGGACAGUUUUGUUGGUCAACUUACCCCACAGAUGAGCAUGGCAGUAAAUUCUAUAGACAAAGAACUACGGGUCCAAUGGUACUUGCCUGCUCUGGCAGUACCUCCUCCAAGUUGUGAAACCCAUAAGAUUUUACUUGUGUUUGCAUAUAAUGUGAAACCAGUCACACUGGUCAGCCUCAAGACAAGUACAUUAGCUAAUGCUUCCUGUGGAUACAAAUGGAUUCAUUUAAAACGACUUAUUGCAUUGCACAGAAAACUUUCUGCAUUAAGACAAAAGGCUGAGGCAUAUUUGCAACCAGAACAUGCACCAUCCACUUCAUUGCAGCGCAGUCACCAAAGAAUGAGGCAAAGGUAUAUUCGAAGUGAACCUGCAACAAAUGUUAGGAAACUACCUUCGACAUUGGAAGAUAUGGUCUUGCAGUUAUGCAAAGAAAUAAAAGAAUUAUUUAUUCCUGGACCAGAAAUGAAGACUGAGACAGAGGUUCCAUUUGAACUCUCCUUUGAUACCCUGGAGCAGUUGGAACAAAUAUUCAAUCCUGCAGUUGGCUACACAUUAAAGUAUGGGAGUCUGUUCAAGUGGCUAAUUUCUUUCAUGGAAUUAGAGUAAAUUCCUGUACCUUUACUAUGUUUACACAGUUUGGUACGUGUAGUUGAUAGCAAUGUAUUUAAACUAUUUUGUUUUAAUCUUCCUUUUACAUUUAUUCCUGAUAUGCAUACAAAUAUUUCUUUCAUCGAUUAACUCAAACUCACACUUGAGUAUUUAGUUAAUAGAUAUCACAAAUAGUUCCAGGAGAUGGUUUUGUUGGAAAGCAAUUAUUUCUGUUUUUAAGCUGCUGAAUAAUACUUAGUAUAGUUUAUUUUCUAAAUUUACACCAUGUCAUGCAUUUUACUUCUCAGAUAAUGUAAAACCAUUUCUUUCAUUCCUGCAAAUUGGUCUUGGGCAGGAUUUGCCUUGUAUCAAAAUCCAAUAGUUAUAUUGGUUGACUGUUUCUAUUAAUUAAAAGAUUUACAUUAUA